AGUUCGGGAUGUACAUCCUCUUCCCCAUUGGCUGGAUGUAUUACUUCGGCACGAACCUCGACGACCGCUUCAACGUCUCCGGCUUUUGGCCGUCCGCCGAACAAUCGCAUAAGAUUCCGCUGGAGAAGGAGGAGAUUGAUAAGGAGUUGGCGCGGAUGAGGGCGUUAGAUGCAAUUCGGAGGGAGAAGAGGAUGCAGCGAUCCGCUGAGGGGACAGAGGGGUCGGAGUGAGGGGGUUUGAUUGAGUUUAGUUGGGGCUGGCGUGUAUAUGAGAUGGAAUGGUAUGAUAUGCAGGGACAUGGGUUACGGCUGGGUUUGGAAUGGUUGCAUGGAGUUGGGUACUAC